UACUUCCAUCCGUAUGUAUAUUUUUAGCACCCAUGUCUUCAUUUUUUCUCCGGUUGAUGGAAAAUUUGAGUCAAUGAAGAAAGUUCAGCAAUAGAUGCUGAACUCAAGGCGCUAUGAAGAAUCACAACGUUCAGAUAUGUGAAUCUCGAAUGAGCACCUACCAACAGCGCAAACAAAUAGUCUAGCUUCCUACCCAGGACCAAAACUAUGGGCCUUCAGCAACUUCCCAAACAGUAUCGGACGCAUCCAAGGUCUUAUUUGGAUUCGACUAAAAGAUGCACAUGAUAAGUACGGACCAAUUGUCCGUUCGGCACCAAAUGAACUCUCAUUCAUCACACCCGAAGUAUGGUCUGAUGUGUAUGCGAAGAAACCCGGUCGUCCAGAGAUGCCCAAGGGGAAUUAUGUUCCUCCUCCUGGUAGAGAAAGCCUUUUCGAUCAUCCCGUGCAUGAGGAACAUCAACGGAUUCGAAAAUCUCUAAGAAAUGGAUUUACUGAGAGAGCGCAGAGAGAUCAGGAGCCACGAGUUAAGCGGCUCAUUGAUGGACUUAUGAAUCAAUUGAAGGAAAUCGCUAAAGCUGAUGAAGUCACCGAUAUUGCUCAAUGGAAUUAUUUGGUCGCCUAUGAUAUCGUAGUGGACUUGGCAUGUGGUGAAAACUUCAAAGGUGUCGAGAAUGGGAAAAAUCAUAAAUGGUGAAAAGAUUACCUUAACAUAUCACCGCGAGAUAUCAUGCUAAUUUCUAUCGAAAAUAGGAUCGGUAUUGGUAUAAAUACAUCAACAGCUUUCACCGUCUUCCAUGAAUCAAAACGCUUAUGGCCCUUCAAUGCUAUUCUCGCCUAUAUCCCUUAUUUAAAAAAAGCACUUUCGUUACGAAUGCAACAUAUCCAGUACUUAAACGAGCUAUUAGAGAAACGUCGAAAAGCUAAAGAUACAGAACCAGAUUUGUACGUAUCAUACACUUUCACUUGAUGAAUCAAUGAAUGAAUGAAUGAAGAACUAACGUACACAGCAUGACACACGCCUUAAACUAUCUCGAUCAACCAGGCGGACUAAAUCUCGGCGAGCUCCAACGAAGUCUAGAAAUCGUCGUGACGGCAGCAUCCGAUACUGCAGCCACGCUCCCCAUCGGCGCACUAUACCAUCUCUGCAAAAACCCUUCGGUAUACGCAAAACUCAAACAGGAAAUUAGAAGUAGCUUUUCCUCGGAAGAAGAGAUAAAUAUCAGUACCGUCAACGAGAAGCCAUAUUUACUAGCUGUUCUCAAAGAAGCCCUAAGGAUCAUCCUCCUGUGCCCGGAAAUCAUCCUCGUCGUGUGGGUGCUGAGGGAUGUGUAGUGGCGGGUAAUUAUGUACCGCCGAAUACUUUGGUUUCUUUUCCACAUUGGGCGGGAUAUCAUUCGGAGAAGAAUUGGAAUAGACCAGGUAUGUGCAUUGAAUUUCU